GCUCUUUCCAGACACUUCCACCCCUCUCGGGCCACGUCACCCCCUCCUUUAAUUCAUAAAGGUGCCCGGCGCCGGCUUCCCGGACACGUCGGCGGCGCGCACCGCUCUCGAUCCGGCCGCGGCCAGCGAGCGACUCGGCGCCUGGAGGCCCGGCACCCCACGACUCGGCUCCCCGCGACCCGGCACCCCGGCGGCCGCCCCUCCGGGCAGACCCCGACCCAGCAUGAGUGCUGCCACCCACUCGCCCAUGGUGCAGAUGGCGUCCGGCAACGGCGCCGGUGACCCCCUGCCCCCCGGCUGGGAAAUCAAGAUCGAUCCGCAGACCGGCUGGCCCUUUUUCGUGGACCACAACAGCCGCACCACGACGUGGAACGACCCGCGCGUGCCACCCGAGGGCCCCAAGGAAGCACCGUCCUCUGCAAAUGGCCCUUCCCAGGAGGGCCCCAGGCUGCUGCCCGCUCGGGAAGGCCACGCCGUGUACCCCCAGCUCCGACCAGGCUACAUUGCCAUUCCUGUCCUCCACGAAGGCACCGAGGGCUGGCAGCCACGCCCUUCCUUUGUCUGUCCCCAGCCAGGAACACAGCGAUUCCGAACUGAGGCGGCCACAGAGGCUCCUCAGAGGUCCCAGUCACCUCUGCGGGGUGUGGCGGAAGCCACCCAGCCAGAUAGACAGUGUGGACAGGCUGUAGCAGCAGCAGCUGCGGCGGCCCAGCCCCCAGGCUCCCACAGACCUGAGCAAUCCCAGUCUCCAGCUGCCUCGGACUGCUCGUCCUCGUCCUCCUCGGCCAGCCUGCCCUCCUCCUCCGGCAGGAGCAGCCUGGGCAGUCAUCAGCUCCCCCGGGGCUAUAUCCCCAUCCCUGUGAUACACGAGCAGAAUGUCACCCGGCCAGCGGCUCAGCCCUCCUUCCACCAAGCCCAGAAGACCCACUACCCAGCUCAGCAGGGUGAAUACCAGACCUACCAGCCGAUGUACCCCCGGGUCCCAGGGGAUGACUGGGAGCCUCGGCCCAUGCGAGCAGCAUCCCCAUUCCGGUCCCCUGUCCGGGGUGCAUCCAGCCGGGAGGGCUCUCCGGCCAGGAGCAGCACGCCAGUGCACUCGCCGUCACCCCACCGUGUGCACACCGUGGUCGACAGGCCUCAGCAGCCCAUGACUCAUCGAGAAUCUUCACCUGUUCCCCAACCUGAAAACAAACCUGAAAGCAAGCCAGGCCCAGUUGGACCAGAUCUCCUUCCUGGACACGUCCCGAUUCAGGUGAUCCGCAAGGAGGCAGACUCGGCACCUGCCGCCCAGAAGCCCCCACCCGCCUCGGAGAGGGUGGAAGUCAAGGUUCCAGCAGCUCCGGUUCCUUGUCCUCCCAGCCCCACCCCGCCUGCUGUCCCCCCGCCCCCCAAGAAUGUGGCUGCCCAAGAGGGGGCAGCCCCCGGCCCUGCCCCUGCGGAAGCCACACCUCCCAAACCAGCGGAAGCGGAGGCGCCCCCCAAACACCCGGGCGUGCUGAAGGUGGAGGCCAUCUUACAGAACGUGCAGGGGCUGGAGCAGGCCGUGGACAACUUCGAAGGCAAGAAGACGGACAAGAAGUACCUGAUGAUAGAAGAGUAUUUGACCAAAGAGCUGCUGGCGCUGGAUUCGGUAGACCCCGAAGGACGAGCUGACGUCCGUCAGGCCAGGAGAGAUGGUGUCAGGAAGGUUCAGACCAUCCUGGAGAAACUUGAACAGAAAGCAAUAGAUGUCCCAGGUCAAGUCCAGGUUUAUGAACUCCAGCCUCAUGCCCUUGAAACCGAUCGGCCACUGCAGGAGAUCAUGGAGAUGGGUGCCAUGGCAACAGACAAGAAUAAGGAAAGUGCGGGAAAUGGAGAAGAUCCGCAGACAGAAAGCCAGCAGCCGGAAGCCAGAGAAGCGGCAGCUGCAAACCCAGGCAGCACCGACACGACAGACACAGCUGGAAACACAGCUGCCCCGUAGUCCCCGCCACACGCAGCAGACCCCGGCGCUGGGAGCUGCUGGUGUGUGUUAGGGAAUUUUAAGUUGCAUGCAUUUCAGGGACUUUAAAUCAGUUUGUUUUUACUAUUCGUAGGCGCUUGGUACACAGUAACUUGGGUGGAGGCCAAACACACUAAUUAAAGGGCUAAAAGGAAAAUGAUGCUUUUCUCCUGUAUUCUUACUCUGUACAAAUGAAGAAGUUGCUUGUUUCAGAAGUUUAACCCUGCUGCUUGUUGUUGGGGCCUUCUGUACACGGGCACCACGUGUCAGCCGUGGUUGUAAGCUGUCUUCGUGCGGCUCUGGACCGAAGGAGGUUUUCGGCUGGUGGGUGGGGUGUUGAUGUCCCAUCGCACAAAUAUGGAACCCAUUUUCCAGAAACAAUGCCCUUUUAAUGGGAUGAUUCUCUUCAUCUCAUAGCUACAAUAGCUAACUUUAGAUAAAAUGUGCAAGGAGCGCUAGGAGUAUCUGUAUGUUGGAUGACUUUAAUGUUACAUUUAAAAAAAGGAAAAUAAAGUAAUAAUAUAACUCAAGAUGGUUUUUUGUGAUUUCUGAAGUUUGGAGGAGCGGCAGCAUCAAGUCUGGGUCUCACUGGCUUCAGGAACAGUCCGUGGCAGCUGCGUUUGCAGGCCGGCUCUGGGAUCCAUGAGCUCUCUCUGGGUCUGGCUUUUGAGAGAACAAGUGACCACCACGUUUCAUCCUCAGAUCACAGCUGUGAACCAGGAAGACUCGGGGCUGUGCACCCAGGGGAUGGGAAUGUUGCGUUCGGAUUGGCCCAGCUCGGGCCACCCCAGCAGCAUCCUUGCUCACCUGGCCUCAGGCCGCCCUCAGGCCUUGGCAAGGGGCUGGGAGGGUUCAGACGCACACACGAAAGCCAGUCCCUUGUGAUGCCCGAGGCUGACCCACGUGUUGUGUGCGGCCCAGGUCGCUGGGGUUGAGAAUGCGUUCUGUGAGAGUCUUGGGGUCAUCUUUAUCUGACACUUCUCUGAGUCAUCACACCAGGCUGGGUGUAUCUUCUCGGAUUGGGUUCCUAGAAGCCACUGGGGUUAGGAUCGGGUACACUUGGAAGCCACUGGGUGCAAAAGAGACUUCUUCGUAUUCCAGUGUUUUUUCAAAGCUUGGGGAGGACCACCAGCCUCUGACUCAGAGAUUUGGGUGUUUUAAUUGCUUGUAAAUAAAAAAUGGACAGUCUUGAGAACUUGGAACCCCCAGAGGGCAUGUUGAUGUAGAGCCCCCGUGCCGAAUUCCUCAUGACUGUACUGAGUUUAAUAUUGGUGUGUGACUGGGCCAUACAAAAAUACACACUCCUGGAGUCGCCACUCUUAGCCCGCUGAGAAAGUCUUCAGUCAUCCCGAUGGGAACCUGCCAGCAUCGCUCCUGGGUGAACUCAGGCGGGGAGUACAAGCUGGCUGCUGCUGACACACCAUUGAUUCCAGAAACCCGAACGUAUGAAAAGGGGAAAGGCCUCUACUGGACUUUUUUAAAGGAACCAAAGAUAAAGAACGUGACUGCUUCUCCUUGUGAUUUGGGCAUCUAUGCCCAAUGGACCUUAACGUGAAGUUUCCUUGGGUGGUUGUGAAUCGGACUGAUGUUAUUUUUAUCACUAAACAUUGAUAUCUCUUGACUGUGGUUAGAUUUUUAGUCAUCCAAAUCAGAUGGUGCCUGGCUGUCUGGGUAGGAAUUCUGUGGCCUGUGUUGGUGGUCCCUGGGUCUUGUAUGGGGGCAAGAGGUUGGCUAUAGGGCUGGCUGCAGGUUCUUACUAACUAGGCUGUCUUGGUCUCUGCACCGGGGCACAGAUUCCACUGAGUAUCUGGCGG